AUCGACGGCGCACCACACCGCCGCCCGGGCCCCGCCGCGCCAGCCGCACCAGCCGCACCGCGCCGUACAGCCGCGCCAGCCGCGCCGGCACCUGUGGAGUGUGUGGAGCAAUACGACAUUUCGCCGACACCACCCCGGACCUCGGAGGCCCCCAGCCGCCAGCCGAGCGGCCAGGAUGGCGACGGACGUCCCCGACGAGCGCCGCCCCCGGCGCCACCCCCACUGACAACGGGCUGCUCUGCAACACUGCCAGGACGCCCCGCUCCAAGACGGCCCGCCGCGGGCAGGCGGCCCCCGGCAGCCCCAGCAGCAGCAGCAGCCCCAGCGGCUCCCGCCCGUCCAAGAGAGCCGCGAGGAAGGAGCGCGCGCGCGACUGGCUGGCCCGGCUGACGCUGCGCACCCGCUGGACGCUGCACGGCUGGGCGAUCGCGGUGCGCGCCUGGUCCCGCCGGCUGCUGGGGCGACGCCGGCGCUGGUCCCGUCGCUGACGACCACCACGAGGACGACGACGGCGGUCACCACGGCCGUGACCACGGGCGGGCACGCGGAGCGCGGGGGCGGGGUGCGCGACGUGUCGAGGCGCGCGUCGCGGAGGCUGCGCCAGCUGGCGCGGCGCGUGGCGCGGCCCGACCACCCGCACGGGCGGCGGCUCACGAGGCGCGUCGCGGACCAUGUGGUGCGGGUGACGCAGCCCGCGCGCAGGAGGGCCACCCUCUGGACGCGGCCCGCGCGCUACCGGGUGCGCGAGUGGACGCGCCCGCUGCGCCACUGGGCGCGCCGCGUGCGCGCGUCCGUGCGCGCCAGGCGCCGCGGCUGCGCCGACCAGGACGCCGACGAGGAGGUGGCGGCGGCGGAGGCCGCGGCCACGCCCACGACCGCGGUCGAGCGGAAGAACAACGUCGUCGUCGUCACGGUCGCUCCGGACGCCGGCCUCGGGCCAGGUCAGCGGGCCGAGUCGUGAUGUCAGCGGGGAGGCCCUAAUCAACUGCUUGACCCAGGCAGUGCCCCGGGCCUCAUCGCAGCGCUUGAGCCGCCAAAGUGAUAACGGCAGAGGCGCGCCGCGACCGGCGGUGCGCGGCUGUUGUGGUCGCGACCGGCAACGCCUGCGCCUCCUCCCCCGCGCACCUCGCUAGCGGACCGACGACAUGGCGAAGAAGGGCGUCGACGACAGGCUGGAGGAGGGCCCCGCCCCGGGCCCCGGCGGCGCCACCAGGCCGCCGAGCCUCGCGUCCUUCAAGAUAUUCCUCUUCUUCUUCUUCGCCGGCAUUGGCGCGCUGGUGCCGUUCCUGCCGCUGCACAUGCGCGCCGCGGGGCUGACCGCCCGUGAGGCCCGCGUCGUGUCGUCCGCCGCGCCGCUCGUCGGCCUGCUCGGGCCGCUGGUGGCCGCCGCGCUGCUGCAGAGGCGCCGCCGCCGUCCCGACGACAAGAAGGCCGAGAAGAAGAAGGACAGGAAGCAGAAGAAAAAGAAGGAUGAGGAAGAAGAGGACGCGGCGCCGCUGCAGCCCGCCGAUGAAGAGGCAACGCCGGUCACCGAGGACGCCGAGGCCGCCGACGAGGGCAAGAAGCUGAGGUCACUGCUCGUGUUCACCGUCCUGGGCGCCGCCGUCUGCUACAGCGCGCUGCUCCUGCUCCCGACCGUCACCUGGUUCCCGGCGAGGAGGCCGUCGGUCAGCUUCAGCUGCAACGGGAGCGGCGCGGCAGUGCUGCAGGAGCGGUGCAUGGAGCCCGCCUGCUACCGCUGGCCAGAGCAACAGGUUGGCCCGCUAUUCCUGACCCACUGCGAGUACGAGUGCCCGGACGAGGGCGCGGCGGGCGCGGGGCGCCACCGGACGCGCCACGGGGACGGCGUGAGGUCCGGCGGUGGCGGCGGCGGCCAGGACGUCGCCCUCCCGGACUACACCGUCGUGCCGACGCCGGCCAGGCCCGCCGAGCCGCCGCACAUCUGCGUGCCGGACGGCGGCGGCCCGGGCGUCCGGCUGUGCCACGUGUUCACGGGCAGCGGCUCCGGCAUCAUCGUCAACGCCUCCCUGCAGCAGGCCACCAACCCGGACGCGGACCAGUCGCAGUGGUGCCACUACCCCAUCGCCGAGGCCUUCGCCUGCUCGCUGCCCUACCCGCUGACGGCGGGCUGCCGCGUGCUGUGCGACAUCGAGCACCCCUACACGGCGGAGGGCUCGGUACUGGCGCAGAGCCAGUGCCAGGUGCUCAUGGGCGACCCGGCGCUCACCUUCUGGAGCUACCUGGGCGUGCGCUGCCUGGCCGACGCCUUCCCGACGGCCGCCCUGGUGCUGGUGGACACGGCCCUGGUGGUGGCGACGCGCGCCCGCCCCGGCCACCAGAAGCCGGACCUCGGGCGGCAGAUGGCCGUGGGGCUGCUGGGCACGGCGUUGGCGGCCCCACUGGCCGGCUACCUCAGCCCGUACCCGACGGCGGACGCGCCGAGCCUGGGCUGGCCGCCGUACGGCGUGCCCAUCCUGGCCUUCACCGCCUGCAUGAUCCUCGCGGCCUUGGUGCUCGUUUGCUCUCCGUCCAUGCCGGUGGGCGCCGGGUCGUCGUGGUGGUCGUCGGCGCGGCCCGCCUCCAAGACGCCGACGCGCUCGGGCUGCGAGGCGGCCGCGCUGUUCCUCGUGCUGGCGCUGCUCGGCGCCUUCUGCUCGGCCAUCGACUCGUACCUGCCCUGGCACGUGAGCGGCCUGCAGCACGUGGACGGCGCCGUGGACGUGGGGCUGGGCGCGUGGGGCGCCACCCCGGAGCUGCUGCUCGGCCUCAACGUGCUGGUGGGCGUGCUGCCCGCCGUGCCGCUCAUGUGGCGCGGCGAGGGGCUCAUCCGCUACUGCGGCUCCUCCAACCUCCUCAUCACCGCCUUCACCUUCUACAUCAUCCGAUACGCGGGACUGUCGCUCAUGUGGAGCCCGUGGUGGAUCCUGCUGCUGGAGGCCACCGAGGUGUUCACGCUGAGCAUCAUGUGGGUGACGGCGGUGCUGUACUUCGCGGCGCUGCUGCCGCGGCGGCUGCUGGCCGCGGGCCAGGCGCUGUGCGUGGCGGCGCACUUCGGCGUGGGCCGGUCGCUGGGCGCGCUGCUGGGCGGGCUGCUGGCGCGCGACGCUCUGCCGCCCGACGACGAGCAGGACACGGCGCCGCCCGACGACCCGGAGCUGCAGCAGCUGCGGCCGCUGUACGCGGCGGGCGCCGGGGCGGCCGCCAUCGUGGCCGUGCUCUACUUCGUGCUGUACCACUGCUGCCUGCGCCCGGGCGCCUCCGGCGGUGGCAGCUCCAAGAAGAGGGCGAGGGCGCUGAUCGCCGACCGCUCCGUGCUCGCCGGGCAAAACGUGAACGGGUCGUACACCCCCCUGCGGGUCUACCACAACGGGCACGGGCGGCGCACGCCCCAGCCCGCCAGCGCCGACUGAUCGUCCCCGACCGGGCGGCACUGCCGUGCCGAGUCCAAGCUGGCCGAGGCCAAGCUCGCUCUCUCUUUCUGCCCCUAUAGCCGGGAGGAGCUCAAAGACGGCCGAACCAAGCGUUUCGGGAAAUUACUUUCUUGGAGCACUGUUUAUCGUUUUCCUGGCCGCGUCUUCUCGAGUCUUCAGAUGUCAGUGGCUGAGAAUCUAACCACGCUGCUUUUCUCACGCCUAACUUAUAUUCUUGUUCUAAUACGACGAAUUUGAUUUGCGGUUGAGUCUAGGGUACAUCGAAAUGAUGUGUGAUGCUUGCGACAGUUCCCAUCUCUCCGCAGAAUUAAGAAAACAAGGCAAGACAACGUACGUAUCGUUGGGCAUCUUAUUAGUCUUUUAUCCAGGAGCUAGUAUUGCUCAUCUGUUUCUUAGUUAUUUUCUAUACGUCGGCACUGUGUGUGCAUGACUAAAACCGCUUGAAGUCUGCAAAUAGUUUUCUAUUAGGGUGUGUUUUUAAAAAUGUUAACUUAAGGUAUGGUACAAAGUUUUUUCUACUACUUUAAUAUGAUUCACUAAAAUGUAAAUGGACGUAGCCACGAACUAGUCAUGCCGCUUCCUUUCGUACAACUAAUUUGUCCUUCUGCUUACCGAUGUGUUCACGAAAGCAAGAAAGACUGCUUACUUUUGAUAAGUCUAUAAAAUGCCUUAAAAUAAGUUGUAAGUAAGUUUUAAAAAAAUGCCAUCAAAGACCUAAGCCUGUCUAAAAGGGAAAAAUAAAACAAACAAUGAAAAACA